GAUACGCGACGCGUCGCCACGCAAUGAAAAUCGGGAAAAGGGGCCGAGCCGGCUGGCUUCCGUUGAGACGACGACUGCCGCGGCUUCCUCAGGCGGUUGCCGAUGGGUCCCAGCCGCGCAGGCCGGCGCUAGCGAGGCGGCCGGCGCACGGAAAGAAUUAUUUUUCAUCCAUUCUGAAAGUGUAAAGUAAAGCUUAUUCAUCAUGCCUGCUGUGGCUUCAGUUCCUAAAGAACUCUAUCUCAGUUCUUCGCUAAAAGACCUCAAUAAGAAGACAGAAGUUAAGCCAGAGAAAAUCAGCACUAAGAAUUAUGUGCACAGUGCUCUGAAGAUCUUCAAGGCAGCAGAAGAAUGCAGAUUAGACCGCGAUGAGGAAAGGGCUUAUGUACUGUAUAUGAAAUAUGUGACUGUUUAUAACCUUAUCAAAAAGAGACCUGAUUUCAAGCAACAGCAGGACUACUUUCAUUCAAUACUCGGACCUGCAAACAUCAAAAAAGCUAUUGAAGAAGCUGAAAGACUCUCUGAAAGCCUUAAACUGAGAUAUGAAGAAGCUGAAGUUCGGAAAAAGCUCGAAGAGAAGGACAGACAGGAAGAGGAGCAGUUCCAGCAGCAGAAGCGGCAGGAAGCAGGAAGAGAGGACGGCAGUGCAGCAGCUAAAGGUUCUCUGGAGAAUGUAUUGGAUUCCAAAAACAAAUCCCAAAAGAUCAAUGGUGAAAAGAGUGAAAAAAAAGAAACUGCAGAGAAAGGAGCAGUCACAGCAAAGGAACUGUACACAAUGAUGACAGAUAAAAACAUCACCCUGAUGAUAAUGGACACACGAAGAAUGCAGGAUUACCGGGAUUCCUGUAUUGCAGAUUCUGUCUGUGUCCCGGAAGAGGCCAUCAGUCCAGGAGUCACUGCUACUUGGAUUGAAGCAAACCUCCCAGAGGAUUCUAAAGACACAUGGAAGAAGAGGGGGAAUGUGGAUUAUGUGGUACUUCUUGACUGGUUUAGUUCUGCAAAAGAUUUACAGCUUGGAACAACUCUACAGAGUCUGAAAGAUGCACUUUUCAAGUGGGAAAGUAAAACUGUCCUGCGCCAUGAGCCCUUGGUUUUGGAGGGAGGCUAUGAAAACUGGCUUCUGUGCUAUCCCCAGUACACAACAAAUGCUAAGAUCACUCCACCCCCACGAGGCAGGAGCGAAGAGGUGUCUGUCUCAUUGGAUUUCACUUAUCCCUCACUGGAAGAAUCAGUUCCUUCCAAACCUCCUGCUCAGAUGCCACCGCCUCAUCCAGAAGUAAAUGAAAACACAGAAUUGACAGGUGAUGAAGGAGAACUGAGUGCAUUAAUGCCAGCUGAACCAGUUGCUGCUUCCAGAGCUGAUGUUUCACCUACAGUUCAGCCAGUGCCUAUUAUAAAGAAUGUUCCGCAGAUUGAUCGUAGUAAAAAACCAGCAGUCAGAUUGCCCGAAGAUCAUAGAGUAAAAUCUGAGAGUACAGACCAUGAGCAGCAGCAGUCUCCUCAGAAUGGAAAAGCCAUUCCCGACCGCUCCACCAAGCCAGCGUUUCCCCCUGCAGCUGCUGUGUUUUCGGAUGAAGAGAAAGCCCGGAUUCAUGCAGAAGCCUCUUUGCUCAUGGAGAAAAGCAAGCAAGAAAAAGGACUUCGAGGAAGGCAGCCCGAGGAACAGAAAGAGAAGCUAAGCGGGGACGAACAAGAACAAAAAGCCAGAAAGAAACAAGAAGCUGAAGAAAGUGAAAUCCCAGAAAGUCAAGAAAAAGCAAAAGAAAUGGAGAAGAGAGAAAGUGAACAAGCCAAGAAGGAAGAUAAGGAAACUUCAGCAAAGAGGGGCAAAGAAACAACAGGAUUAAAAAGACAGAGUAAAAGCGAACAUGAAACUUCUGAUGCCAAGAAGUCUGUGGAAGACAGGGGGAAAAGGUGUCCAACUCCAGAAGUGCAGAGAAAGCCAGUAGGAGACACCUCUGUGUCUGUGGCGGGAGAUGCAAGUGCAGGCAAGGCUCAAAGGGAGCCUUUGACGAGAGCACGGAGCGAAGAAAUGGGGAGGAUCGUCCCAGGACUGCCUUCCGGUUGGGCCAAGUUUCUGGACCCGAUCACUGGAACCUUCCGUUAUUAUCAUUCACCCACCAACACUGUCCAUAUGUACCCACCAGAAAUGGCUCCUUCCUCUGCUCCUCCUUCCAUCCCCCCGACUCACAAAGCCAAGCCCCAGGUUCCUGCCGAGUGGGACAAGGACCCCUCCAAACUGAAGCGCUCCUACUCCUCCCCAGACAUCACCCAGUCUGUGCCAGAGGACGGGAGGAGGAAGCCCGCAGUAACACCAGCUGUGAAUCGGGAGAACAAGCCAACAUGCUGCCCCAAAGCCGAGAUCUCCAGGCUCUCUGCCUCUCAGAUCCGAAACCUCAAUCCUGUCUUCGGAGGGUCUGGACCAGCCCUCACUGGACUUCGGAACUUAGGAAAUACGUGCUACAUGAACUCCAUCCUGCAGUGCCUGUGCAAUGCACCGCACCUGGCUGAUUAUUUCAACCGGAACUAUUAUCAGGAUGAUAUUAACAGGUCAAAUUUGUUGGGGCAUAAAGGAGAAGUGGCAGAAGAGUUCGGUAUAAUCAUGAAAGCGCUAUGGACAGGUCAGUAUAGGUACAUCAGUCCAAAAGACUUUAAAAUCACCAUCGGGAAGAUCAAUGACCAGUUCGCAGGAUACAGCCAGCAAGAUUCACAAGAGCUGCUCCUCUUCCUCAUGGAUGGUCUCCAUGAGGACCUAAAUAAAGCUGACAACCGGAAGAGACAUAAAGAAGAGAACAAUGAUCACCUCGAUGACUUCAAAGCUGCAGAACAUGCUUGGCAGAAACAUAAGCAGCUCAAUGAAUCUAUUAUCGUUGCACUCUUUCAGGGUCAGUUCAAAUCCACAGUACAGUGCCUCACUUGUCACAGAAAGUCCAGGACAUUUGAGGCCUUCAUGUAUUUGUCUCUGCCACUAGCAUCCACAAGUAAAUGUACACUACAGGAUUGCCUUAGAUUAUUUUCCAAGGAAGAAAAACUCACAGAUAACAAUAGGUUUUACUGCAGUCACUGCAGAGCUCGGCGGGAUUCUCUCAAAAAGAUAGAAAUCUGGAAGUUGCCACCUGUGCUUCUGGUGCAUCUGAAACGUUUUUCCUACGAUGGCAGAUGGAAGCAGAAAUUACAAACAUCCGUGGACUUCCCACUAGAAAAUCUUGAUUUGUCACAGUAUGUUAUUGGUCCAAAGCACAGCCUGAAGAAGUACAGCCUGUUUUCUGUUUCAAAUCACUACGGCGGGCUGGACGGAGGCCACUACACUGCUUACUGUAAAAACGCAGCCAGACAGCGGUGGUUUAAGUUUGAUGAUCACGAAGUUUCUGAUAUCUCUGUUUCUUCUGUGAAGUCAUCAGCAGCGUAUAUUCUCUUUUAUUCUUCACUGGGACCACGAGCAGCUGAUGUAACCACAUAAGGAGACCUAGGUGACAUGCUAGUUAGGUUCUCAGAAGCUCAACCACACAACUCCUGAACUGCUUAAAGAGGUAAUAGGAACCCAGGUGGACCAUGUAGAGGACUCUGGGCCCAGGAGCUAAGUUACUAGACUCUAUCAUUGAGGCCAGUGCUGUCACCAGAACCAAUGACAAACGUUAGCAAGUAUUGCGGUAAGCAUCCCUUACAGGUACCAGUUAUUUCAAAACAACUUUUUAAGUCUGCUCCAAAGUUAAAAUAAUUAACUAGCAAAGCAUUAUUAUACUACUGGUCGAAGAACCGCUGUAACCUUCACUUUCCUUUUCACUGUUAUGGCCUUUUCACAUUUCUAACCCAGCUUGAUCUGCUACGAUACUCUAGAAUGAUGGGGAGCAGAUAGGGAUGUGCGUGUACAUCUUUAUUGCACACUUGCACAUGGGGGCACUGUACAUAGUUCAAUGUGCUCUUUUUGUGACGCCUACAGCUCAGAGGACUGCGUGUGUGUUUGUUUUUGGCCUAUCCUGAGUAACUGCAGUGCUUUCUUAGGGAAAUGACAGGGCAAAACUGUUUUUCUGUUGGCUUUGGGCUGUAUUUGUGCACUAAAUCUUUAUUCUAAAAAAAUAAAAGGAAACUUUCUUUAA